AUGAUUAGAGUUGCCAAUAUUGUUAUAUUUACUAUGUUUGCUUGCUCAUGGGUAUUACUUAUUAUAUCAUUUGGUACAUAUUGGUAUAAAGAAGUAAUAUAUGGGUUAUCAGAUGAUGAUAAGACUAUUUACUUUACAUCAUAUAAAGAUAUAAAGGUUAUAACAAAACACAAUGAAUAUACUAGUGAUAUUCAAUCACCAUCAAAACACCAAAAAGAAAUAUUAAGAUCAUCAUUUGCUUUGGCCAUUACUACAUGGUUAACUGUAUCUUUAUUAUUGACAUUUAUCAUAUUCUCAUUCUUGGGUGUAUUACAUAAAUCUCCCAUUCCACUUGCAAGACUAACCAAAUACAUACUUGCACCAAUUGCAUUUACAAUGGGAUUUACCUCUAUAUUUGUUUUUGUUCAUCUUGGUGUUGCUAAACAUAGGGAUUGUUUAACAGUUUAUGGUCACAAUGAAACCUCAUGCCAAGAUGAGGAAAUGGAACAAAAAUUCAUAUUUAAUCAUAUUCGAAAUGGUACUAGUGAUGAUACAAGUUAUAGAGUAACCGGUGAUCCAUACAUUGGAUGGAUCACUUUAGUUAUGAGUACAUGUUUUAUUUUUAUUGGUGGUAUCAUCUCUAUAUUUUUGGCCAAUUAUAAUGAUUCUAAUAAUAUUAAUAAUAAUAAGAAUAAGAAUAAUAAUAAUAAGAAUCAAUCUUCAUCCUCUUCCUUUACCCAGGCUACAGUUUCGAAACUACAACGUUGUUGCGAAUCAGGAAAUGUAAAUUCGUCCAAUUGGACGACGUUCUAUUGCCAAAUGCUACUACUUUCUACUUCUACUAUCAUACAGUCCAUCCAUCCAUCCGUCCAUCCAUAA